CCACCCCACGCAUCUCGAGCUUCACGCCUUCACCACCCCCGCUCGCUCUUCACUCCCGCCCUCGAGCUGCUCCGUUCAGCUCCACUGGCGGCGAGAUGCGGGGACAGAUCCCUCCCGUCUCCCGCCUCGUACACCUCGCGGCGGCUAUCGCGCUGCUCGCCGCCGCCGCCGCCGCCGCGGCGGAGGCUGCGGCGCGCCGGCCGGGGGCCGUCGCGGUCAACGUGACGGGCGUGCUCUCGGCGUUCCCGGACCUCGCCGACUUCACGCGGCUGCUGGCGUCCAGCCCCGUGCUGGCCGAGCUCGCGGGGCGGUCGUCGCUGACGCUGCUCGCCGUGCCGAACGGCAACCUCCCGCAGUCGCCGUCGGCGUUCGCGGCCGCGUCGGGCGCCGACCUCGCGGACGUGCUCCGGUACCACGUCCUCCUCGAGUACCUCGCCCCCGCCGAUCUCCGCCGGCUGCCGGCCUCCGGGAAGCUGGUGACGACGCUGUUCCAGACCACGGGCCGCGCCCCGGCGGACCUCGGCGCCGUCAACGUCACCGCCGCGGGCCGCGCCGCGCUCGCGGUCGUCCGGUCCCCGGCGCCGCUCCCGGGGUCGAACGCCACCGUGCUCGGCGCCAUCACCGCGGUGCCGUACAACCUGAGCGUGCUGGCGGUGGACGGCCUCAUCGUGCCCUCCGGGUUCGACCUCGCCGCGUCCGAGACCCGCCCGCCCGCGGCCGUCAACAUCACCCGCGUCCUCGCCGACGCGCGCGCCUUCAACGUCGCCGCGUCCAUGCUGGAGGCGUCCGGCGUGGCGGGCGAGUUCGAGGCCGACGAGCGCGGCGCGGGGAUCACGGUGUUCGCCCCCACCGACGACGCCUUCGCGGGGCUCCCCUCUGGCGACCGCCUCCAGUCCCUCCCCGCCGAGCGCAAGGCCGUGGUGCUCCGCUUCCACGUGCUCCACUCCUACUACCCGCUGGGGUCCCUGGAGUCGAUCGUGAACCCCGUCCAGCCCACGCUCGCCACCGAGUUCAGCAACGCCGGCCGCUUCACCCUCAACAUCACCCGCGCCAACGGCUCCGUCGCCAUCGACACCGGCGUCGUGCAGGCGACCAUCACGCGGACCGUCUUCGACCAGAACCCCGUCGCCGUCUUCGCCGUCUCCAAGGUGCUCCUCCCCAAGGAGAUGUUCACCCGCACCGAGGUACCCGGCGGCGCCGACUCCUCCUCCGUCGUCGCCGCCACGGCCGCCGCGUCCUCGCCCCCGCCGGCCGCCGCGUCCUCGCCCCCGCCGGCCGCCGCGUCCUCGCCCCCGCCGGCCGCGGCAGCCCCAGAGGCCGCCGAGAGCGCGCGGACGCCGCCCACGAAGCUCUCCUCCCCGCCCGCGCUCCGCGGCGGCGGCGGGCAGGACUACGACACGGCGUCGGCGCCGGCGCGGGCACGAACCGGGUGGCGGUGUAUAGCAUUGGUGUACCUAGUCCUACUCCCGCUACGCCUGGUAUGAGAUCCGGCCGGCCGCUAGCCCAUUGCCGUAUUCCUCUUCUGCUCAAUUUUUUGCCUCGCUCUUGCUUUUGUUUUCUUUUUUUUCGAUUUGGGGUUUGCUAGAAUCUGUACACUGGGAGAGGGGGGAGGGGGAGGUGAAGAUUCAAGAAGAAGAUGAUUGAGCUGCAAAAACAAAAAAAGAAAUGCAGCAUCCUUUUAAGGUGGGAAAAGAAGAAAUAAUAGCUCCGCCAUGUAAAAAUCCAAUCAAUUCCAUUCCAUUUCUCUGAUUCCGAGCCCAUGCUCGUCCUGCA